AAGCCAUGACGUGUAACCGGUUUCAGAAGAUCACCCAGUAUUUCCAUGCUUCUGAUCGGGCAGCCGAGCCAAGGCGUGGUCACCAAGGUUAUGACAAGCUGUACAAAGUCCGGGAAGUCAUCACUGCGGUGUCUGAAGCCUUUCGUCGAGGAUAUACAUUAUCACGUGAGGUUGCAGUGGAUGAAGCGAUAAUAAAGUUUACAGGACGUUUAGCUUUUCGCCAAUAUAUGCCUGCCAAGCCAAUCAAGAGGGGAAUGAAGAUCUGGAUGUUGUGUGAUUCCAACUCGGGUUUCCUCUCCAGAUUUGAAGUUUACCUUGGUCGCCAAGACAACCGUACAGAGCAUGGCCUUGGUUAAUAGUGCUGAACCUGACUGACCACAUCCGAAACAUGUUUCGCUGGGUCUUUUUUUGACAAUUUUUUUACAAGUAUGCC